GACAAUUUUGUCUGAAUGUUUUAUUUUGUUUGUAUUUGGUUUUUAUAGUUUAAUCCUGAACUGGUCCUGAUAUCUGCUGGAUUUGAUUCAGCAAUUAAUGAUCCAGAGGGCAAAAUGUGUGCCACUCCAGAUUGCUUUGCUCACCUCACUCACCUGUUGAUGUCACUGGCAGAAGGAAAGAUCUGUGCAGUAUUAGAGGGAGGUUAUGAUCUUCAUUCUCUCUCACACUGUAUUUGCCAUACUGUCAAAACUUUCUUGGGUGAUCCUGUCCCUCAUCUUCUUAAUAUUUCUUCACCCUGUGAUAGUGCCUUGGAGUCCAUUCAGAAUGUGAGAGCUGUCCAUCAACAGCACUGGGCUUUCCUCAGAAGUAAGUUGUUGUAUGAACCUACAUUCUGAAUGUUUCUUUAGCCU